AUGUUGCAUUCUUAUCAAGAAGCUGGCCAUAGGCGCCAAAUCGAGUCAUAUUGCAUUCUUAUCAAGAAGCUGGCCAUAGGCGCCAAAUCAAAUCGCAUUCUUAUGUUGCAUUCUUGCAUUCUUAAAAAGCUGGCCAUAGGGCAUAAAUCAGGUCUAAUUCGUCAAAAAGCUGGCCAUUGUAAAUCAUUCUUUGCAUUCUUAUCAGAAGCUGACCAUAGGCGCCAAAUCGAUUCUAUGUUGCAUUCUUAUCAGAAGCUGGCCAUAGGCAUAAAAUCAGAUUCUAUGUUGCAUUCUUAUCAAGAAGCGGGCGCCAAAUCGAUUCUAUGUUGCAUUCUUAUCAAGAAGCUGGCCAUAGGCGCCAAAUCGAUUCUAUGUUGCAUUCUUAUCAAGAAGCUGGCCAUUGGCGCCAAAUCGAUUCUAUGUUGCAUUCUUAUCAAGAAGCUGGCCAUAGGCGCUCCCAAAUCGAUUCUAUAUUUGCAUUCUUAUCAAGAAGUUGGCCAUAGAGCGCUAAAUCGAUUCUAUGUUGCAUUCUUAUCAAGAAGCUGGCCAUAUGCCAAAUCGAUUCUGUUGCAUUCUUAUCAAAAAUUGGCCCCAAAUCGAUUCUAUGUUGCAUUUAUCAAAAAGUUGGCCAUAGGCGCCAAAUCGAUUCUAUGUUGCAUUCUUAUCUAUUACGCCAUUCAAAUCGAUUCUGUGUUGCAUUCUUAUCAAGAAGCUAAUAUAAGGCGUAAAUCGAUUCUAUGUUGCAUUCUUAUCAAGAAGCUGGCCAUAUCCCAAAUCGAUUCCAUGUUGCAUUCUUAUCAAAAGCUGGCCAUAGGCCAAAUCGAUUCUAUGUUGCAUUCUUAUCAGAAGCUGGCCAGUAGCGCCAAAUCGAUUCUAUGUUGCAUUCUUAUCUAUUAUGAAGAAGCUAUGGCAUUCAUCAGGCGACCUAAAUCGUCUAUGUUGCAUUCUUAUGUUGCAUUAUGUUUUGUUCUUAUCAGAAGCUGGCCAUAA